CACGGGGACUUGUCCUCAUCAUCCGACGCACACCGGCUCGCCUGGGCUCCGCUCCUCCACGGACCACCGCUACCCCCGCAGCUGUGACAGCGCACAGGGUUUCUCCCCAACCCAAACCCAAACCCUCCUCCUCCGUCCCGAGCUGCCCCAACUUCUGCUGUCAGGCUGGAUUUGGCGACCUUGAGAGUGCGCUGCGCGGAGAACAACUUUAAGGAGCAGGAGGAGGGGGGCUUUGCGCUCCGUUUCUGUCGCUCCUCUCCAGAAAACAGAAGGAUUCGAGGAAAAAGUCUGUUCUUUUCAUCUUGGAAAAACUGGAAGCUGAAGAUUAAAGUGCAAGAAAAAAGAAGGAGGACGCCGCAUCUCAAGGACGCAAGUGGUUUGAAUCAGGAAAAAAAAAAGUGAGAUGCGCCUUUUUUUUCUCCAGUCAGAGAGAGACUGUGUUUGGACUUAGAGAAACCGAGGAAGGCUGCUCUCAGAGAGAGGGGAAAAAAAUCCUAUCUGGGGGGUUUUGUAGAAGUAGAGCGAAUCAGAAGUGAAGAACAAACAGAGACUCUGAAAUCCUCUGCGCCCCGCAGGCUCCGGCCGGGUUUGCGCUCUCGGCUCGGUGCGCUCUGCCAGACUCGAGCCCUCGCCGGUUCCCAGACAGCAGGGCAUCCAGGAACCACACCGGGACCCGCUCUCUUUGGCGCAUUUCAUCUCCCCGGGCACUUGUUGUCCAGACUGCCCGGCUUGGAACAAUGUUUGAGGACCGCUGGAGCGGAUCAGCGUGGCGCGCCACAUGGAUUGUAUUUUUCUCCUUCCUCAUCCACUCCACGCCAGCUCAAGAUGAUGUGCCUCCCUACUUCAAGACGGAGCCAGUGCGGAGCCAGCUCCAUCUGGAACGCAACAGGCUGGUGCUGACCUGCAUGGCAGAGGGAAGCUGGCCGCUGGAGUUCAAAUGGAUUCACAACAACACCGAAUUAACACACUUUUCUCUGGAGUACAGGUACCUAAUCCCUUCGUUGGAUCGCUCCCAUGCUGGCUUCUACCGCUGCAUUGUGAGGAAUCGAGUGGGAGCCCUUCUGCAAAGGCGCACAGAAGUACAAGUGGCCUUUAUGGGAAGUUUUGAAGAGGGUGAACGUUCUCAGUCCGUCUCUCAGGGAGAAGGUGCUGUUAUUCCGGCGCCACGCAUCCGCAGCUUCCCCCAACCACAGGUCACCUGGUUCAGAGAUGGACGUAAGAUACCGCCCACCAAUCGCAUCGCCAUCACUUUGGACAACACGCUGGUCAUCCUGUCGACGGUGGCACCCGACGCUGGACGCUAUUAUGUGCAGGCGGUAAACGACAAGAACGGAGAGAACAAGACCAGCCAGCCCAUCACCUUGUCGGUGGAGAAUGUGGGGGGCCCUGCAGAUCCCAUCGCUCCCACCAUCAUCAUCCCCCCCAGGAACACCAGCGUGGUGACAGGCUCCUCCGAGGCCACGCUGGAGUGUGUGGCCAAUGCCAGACCUCUGAUCAAGCUGAGCAUCACGUGGAGGAAGAACGGCGUGCUGGUGACCACCGGCCUGAGCGACUUCAAGCGCAGACUGACCAUCCUGGGGCCGAUGCUGGGCGACGCCGGCUACUACGAAUGCGAGGCCACGCUCCGCAGCAGCAGCGUGCCCUCGGUCAGCGCCGGCGCUUAUCUGCACGUGCUGGAACCACCACAAUUUAUAAAGGAGCCGGAGAAACACAUCACAGCCGAGAUGGAGAAGGUGGUGGACAUUCCCUGCCAGGCCCGCGGAGUGCCCCAGCCCGACAUCGUGUGGUACAAGGAUGCCUUGCCCAUUGACCCGGUGAAGACGCCCAGGUACCGGGUGCUGGUGGGGGGCAGCCUGCAGGUCAACGGCCUCCUGCCCGAUGACACGGGCAUGUUCCAGUGCUUCGCCAGGAACCUGGCAGGAGAAGUUCAGACCAACACGUACCUGGCUGUUACCAGCAUUGCUCCGAAUAUCACGGCCGGACCUUCCGACAGCACCGUGAUCGACGGGAUGUCAAUCAUCCUGCACUGCGAAACCUCCGGCGCCCCGAGACCGGCUAUAACCUGGCAGAAAGGUGAGCGUGUGCUGGCCAGCGGUUCGGUGCAGCUGCCCAGGUUCACCCUGCUGGAGUCGGGAAGCUUGCUCAUCUCCCCCUCGCACAUCUCCGACGCCGGGACCUACACCUGCAUGGCCAGCAACUCCCGGGGCAUCGACGAGGCGUCGGCCGACCUCAUCGUCUGGGCUCGCACCCGAAUCACCGCCCCCCCCCAGGACCUGAGCGUUAUCAAAGGAACUAAAGCCGUCAUGACCUGCGGAGUCACGCACGACCCCAACGUCCUCAUCAGACAUGUCUGGGAGAAGGACGGCUCGGCCAUCAACGUGCAGGCCGUCCCCCGCAUGCGUCUGGACCCGGACGGCACCCUGCACAUCUCCCAGACCUGGUCGGGCGACAUCGGCACCUACACCUGCAGAGUCACCUCGGUGGGCGGCAACGACUCCCGCAACGCCCACCUGCGUGUCAGGCAGCUCCCCCACGCCCCGGAGAACCCCAGCGCCGGCCUGAGCAGAGCUGAGAAGAGAGCCAUCGACCUGGCCUGGGCCCAGCCCUUCGACGGCAACAGCCCGCUCAUACGCUACAUCCUGGAGGUUUCUGAGAACAACGCUCCCUGGGCCAUCCUGCUGGCCAACAUCGAGCCGGAGUCCACGGCCGUGACGGUCAGCGGCCUGAUCCCGGCUCGCUCCUACCAGUUCCGCCUCUGCGCCGUCAACGACGUGGGGAAGGGCCAGUUCAGCAAAGAGACGGACCGCGUGUCUCUCCCCGAGGAGCCGCCCAGCGCUCCCCCCCAGAACGUCAUCGCCAGCGGCCGGACCAACCAGUCCAUCAUGACGCAGUGGCAGCCGCCGCAGGAGAGCCACCAGAACGGCAUCCUGCGGGGAUACAUCAUCCGGUACCGUCUGACGGGGCUGCCGGUGGACUACCAGCUCAAGAACAUCUCCAGCCCAGACGUGACCACGCUGCUGCUGGAGGACCUCAUCAUCUGGACCAACUAUGAGAUCGAGGUGGCGGCCUACAACGGAGCGGGACUGGGCGCCUUCAGCCACAAGGUUACUGAGUGGACUCUGCAGGGAGUGCCAACCAUCGCACCGGGCAACGUGCAGGUGGAGGCGGUCAACUCCACGGCCAUCCGUUUCACCUGGACCGCCCCCAACCCUCAGUUCAUCAACGGCAUCAACCAGGGCUACAAGCUUCUGGCCUGGGAACAUGGUGGAGAAGCCGAGGUUGCCACGGUAACGGUGCGACCGAACUUCCAGGACAGCGUCCACGUGGGCUACUUGGCGGGUCUGAAGAAGUUCACCGAGUACUCCACGUCGGUGCUGUGCUUCACGACCCCCGGGGACGGCCCCCGCAGCCCGCCCAGAGCGCUGAGGACCCACGAGGACACCCCCGGUGCUGUCGGUCACCUGAGUUUCACCGAGAUCCUGGACACGUCGCUCAAAGUCAGCUGGAGCGAGCCCGGCGAGAAGAACGGCGUUCUCACAGGUUAUCGCAUUUCGUGGGAGGAGUUCAACCGCACGAACACCAGGGUCACGCACUACCUGCCGAAUGUCACGUUGGAGUACCGGGUCACGGGGCUCACCGCCCUCACCACCUACACCAUCGAGGUGGCGGGGAUGACCUCCAAGGGCCAGGGCCUGCUCUCCUCCUCCACCAUCUCCUCCGGGGUCCCGCCAGAGCUUCCUGGUCCUCCUACAAACAUUGCAAUUACCAACAUCGGCCCACGUUCCGUCAUCCUGCAGUUCAAGCCCGGCUAUGACGGCAAGACGUCCAUCUCCCGCUGGGUGGUGGAGGCCCAGGUGGGGGCAGUGGGAGAAAACGAGGACUGGAUGAUCGUCCACCGGGUUUCCAACGAACCGGAAGCUCGCUCCCUGGAGGUGCCGGGUCUCAACCCGUUCACCUUCUACAGGUUCCGCAUGCGUCAGGUGAACAUCGUGGGCACCAGUCCUCCCAGCCAGCCCUCCAGGAAGAUCCAGACGCUGCCAGCUCCUCCGGACAUGGCCCCGGCUAACGUCACGCUCCGCACGGCCAGCGAGACUAGCCUGUGGCUGCGCUGGGUGCCUCUGCCCGAGUGGGAGUACAACGGGAACCCGGAGCAGGUGAGCUACCGGGUCCAGUACUCCCGCGUGGGCUCCCAGGCCCGCGGGCUGACCCACGUCAUCGCCGACCGCCUGGAGAGGGAGUUCACCAUCGAGGACCUGGAGGAGUGGACGGAGUACGAGGUCCGGGUCCAGGCCGUCAACAGCAUCGGGGCGGGACCCUGGAGCCAGCCGGUCCGGGGCAGAACCCGGGAGUCUGUUCCCUCCAGUGGACCCACCAACGUGUCGGCCUUCGCCACCACCUCCAGCAGCAUCCUGGUGCGCUGGUUCGAGGUCCCAGAGCCGGACAGGAACGGUCUUAUUCUCGGCUACAAGGUGGCGUACAAGGAGAAGGACUCGGACAGGGCCGUGCGUUUCUGGACGGUGGAGGGGAACGCCACCCACAGUGUCCAGCUGACGGCUCUGGGGAAGUACGUCCUCUACGAGAUCCAGGUUCUGGCCUUCACACGGGUGGGAGACGGGCGGCCCAGUUCUCCACACAUCCUGGAGAGGACUUUGGACGAUGUGCCAGGACCUCCAGUAGGAAUCUUGUUCCCUGAAGUGCGGACCACCUCCGUCCGGCUCAUCUGGCAGUCCCCGGCGCAGCCCAACGGCAUCAUCCUCGCCUACCAGAUCACGUACCACCUGAACUCCAGCAACAGCAACACGGCCACGGUGGACGUGCUGAACCCCAGCGCCCGCCAGUACACGGUGACCAGUCUCAAGCCCGAGUCCGUCUACGUGUUCCGCAUCACGGCCCAGACCAGGAAGGGCUGGGGCGAGGCGGCCGAGGCGCUGGUGGUCACCACGGAGAAAAGAGCUCGUCCCCAGCCCACCAGCCGUCCCUCGGUGCCGCAGAAGGAGGUCCAGGCCCGGCAGGUGCUGCUGGCCUGGGAGCCGGGCAGCGACGGCCUGUCCCCCGUGCGCUACUACACGGUGCAGCUGAGGGAGCUCCCCGAGAACAACUGGACCGUCCACUCCGCCUCCGUCAACCACGAGGCGUCUUCCUACAUCGUGUCCAGGCUGAAACCCUUCACGUCCUACCAGUUCCGGGUCAAAGCCACCAACGACAUCGGGGACAGCGAGUACAGCGAGGACAGCGAGGCCAUCACAACCCUGCAGGACGCGCCCGACGAAGCGCCAAUGAUCCUGUCCGUCACCCCGCACACGACCACCUCGGUGCUGAUCCGCUGGCAGCCGCCUCCCGAGGAAAAGAUCAACGGCAUCUUGCUGGGCUUCCGGAUCCGCUACCGCGAGCUGCUGUACGACCGUCUCCGCAGCUUCGUUCACACGGCCAACAGCGCGUUCACCUGGGCCGAGCUCACCGCCCCCUACAGCCUCCGGAACCUGAGCGACCCCACUCUCGCCCAGUACGAGCUGGACAAGCUAAGUAAGCACAAGCGCUACGAGAUCCGGAUGAGCGUGUACAACGCGGUGGGCGACGGGCCCACCACCCCCCCGCAGGAGGUGUUUGUGGGAGAGGCGGUACCCACCGCCCCGCCGCAGAGCGUCGCUAUUCAGACCGCAACAGCCACCCAGUUGGACGUGACGUGGGACCCUCCACCCGUGGGUGCCCAAAAUGGAGACAUCCAGGGCUACAAGAUUUACUUUUGGGAGUUCCAGCGCAAGAAUGAGACGGAGCGCUUGCGAACUUUGUUCAUGCCAGAAGGAGGAGUGAAGCUGAAGAACCUGACCGGUUACACCACGUACAUGAUCAGCCUGGCGGCCUUCAACGCGGCGGGGGAUGGGCCCCGCAGCCCCCCCACCAAGGGCCGCACGCAGCAGGCAGCUCCGAGCUCCCCGAGCUUCAUCCACUUCAGCGAGCUGACCACCACGUCGGUCAACGUGUCCUGGGGCGACCCCACCUUCCCCAACGGCAUCAUCGAGGGCUACCGGCUCGUCUACGAGCCCCUGACCCCCGUAGACGACUCUUCCGUGGCCUGUGCCGACUGUCUCCACUCCCCCUCCCCCCCAGGCGUCAGUAAGACAGUGACGGUGGACGUGAAGGGAAGCGGCCCUCUCUGGUUGAAACUCAGAGACCUGGCGGACGCCGUCACCUACAACUUCCGCAUCCGGGCCAAGACCUUCAUCUACGGGCCGGAGGUGGAGGCCAACAUCACCACCGGGCCUGGGGAGGGAGCCCCAGGCCCCCCCGGAGAGCCUUUUAUCACGCGCUACAGUUCCGCCCUCACCCUUCACUGGACCGGCGGCGACCCGGGACGUUCUCCCAUAACACGCCACGUCAUCGAGGCCAGACCUUCAGAUGAGGGCUUGUGGGACAUCUUAAUCAAGGAUAUCCCUAAGGAUGCAACAUCACACACGUUCAACAUGGACAUACUCAAGCAAGGCGUCAGCUAUGACUUCCGGGUGAUUGGAGUGAACGACUACGGCUACGGAUCUCCCAGUCUACCUUCUCCUUCCAUAUCUGCUCAGAAAGUGGCCCCGUUCUACGAGGAGUGGUGGUUCCUGGUGGUGGUGGCGCUGGUGGGGCUCAUCUUCAUCCUGCUGCUGGUUUUCAUCCUCAUCAUCAGAGGACAGAGCAAGAAGUAUGCCAAGAAAACCGAAUCCGGUAACAGCUCCAACUGCAACGCUCUGACCCACGGGGACAUGGUGAGCCUGGACGAGGGCCGCUUCCCCGCCCUGGAGCUGAACAACCGCCGCCUCUCCGUCAAGAACUCCUUCUGCCGGAAGAACGGCGUCUACACCAGGUCUCCUCCCAGGCCCAGUCCGGGCAGCCUUCAUUAUUCCGACGAGGACGUGAGCACCAAGUACAACGACCUGAUCCCCGCCGAGAGCAGCAGCCUGACGGAGAAGCCCUCCGAGAUCUCCGACUCCCAGGAGGCGCUGGUGUUUUCAUAUGGGACAGGUGGCCAACAUACACUACCACUGCAUUUGGGCAGCGACAGCGAGUACGAGGUGGACCCCAACAGACAGAAGACCCACUCCUUCGUCAACCACUACAUCAGCGACCCCACCUACUACAACUCCUGGCGCCGCCAGCAGAAGGGCAUCUCUCGAGCGCAGGCCUACAGCUACACGGAGUCCGAGUCGGAGCACUGCGGCCCGCCGCUGCUGCCCCCUCUACCCCCGCUGCCCCCCCAGCUCAGUGCCCCGAGUCCUCAGCCCCAGCAGGCCCAGGGCCAGGGCCAGGUCCCGCCCCAGGUCCCGCCCCAGCCCCAGGUCCAGGUCCCGCCCCAGCCCCAGCCCCAGGGCCAGGGCCAGGGCAGCCUGUUCAGGCCCAAAGGCAGCCGGACUCCCACCCCCUCCCAGCAGAGCUCCAACCCCCCCAGCCAGCACAACACCCUGUACCGGCCCCCCAGCAGUCUAGCCCCCGGAUCACGGGCCCCCAUAGCCGGCUUCUCUUCCUUUGUGUGAAAAAUGCUGAAAAAGGACAUAGAAACUUCUGAAAACAUCCCCUUGUGUGGAAGAAGAACACAGCAUUGGAUAAUGCAAAGUUAGCCCAGUUGCAUCAUUCAUGCCCAUUUCUCCUCUUAAUCACAUCUUUCUUUCUUUCUUUCUUGCACCAUAUUUUCUUCAGUCAGCCAAGAUUUAUGCAGAAAAACAAAAUACAGCUUUCUAGAUGAUUUGUUUUUUCCUUUCUUUGACGUGUGGAAGUGUGACAGUGUAGACUUGCUUUCUCUUGUUGGGUGAUAGAAUAUGUCUACAUCUGUACACUUUUAUUUUGCCAACUAAAUUACUUGCAUGACUUUAGUUUUUUAUUUUUUGUUAUUUUUUUGUUAACUUGUUCACAGCAGGUAAUGUCUUUUAUUCUGUACAAAGUC